AUGGAGGACAGGCAAAAGAGCGCGGACAUCUUAAUAUUCCUCUUUUGUCUUGUCCCUCUUUCGCUGACGUACAAUAUUUACAAUGAAAUGGACCUAAACACCGCUAUAUUCAACUCUACGUACGACAGAAACAUCCGACCAGGGCUUAAUAGGAACAUCCCAUUACAAAUUGAUUGCACCUUCGUUUUAAAAAGCCUGAAGGAGUUGGAUGGUUCUCUCAGUAAAUUUUCAAUUACGGGAGCUUUGGGUGUCUUUUGGAUUGAUGAUCGUUUGACUUGGAAUCCACAACACUACGGUGGGAAUCUAUACUCCAUUAUUGUCCCCCAAAAGAAGAUAUGGGUACCAUUUCUUCUGAAUAUGCAUGAUUAUGGUGAAGUAAAAUAUACUGGUCAUAAGGAAUUGACCCUGAGAGUAGAUAGUAAUGGACUUGUAUCUUGGUUUAUUCCAAACCUUUAUGAAAGUACAUGUGACUUUGAUUUGUCCAAAUAUCCCUUUGAUUCUCAGACCUGUUUUUUACCGUUCUAUGUAACAGGAUUCAGUCCAUCGGAACUAUUAUUUAAUAUCUCAGAAACCAACAAAAAAGCAAACAUGUCAAUAUACAGUGAGAAUGGCCUGUGGGCUGUGACUGAAACACAUAUUUACACCACAACCAACGCACUUGAGUUUCAAGAGGUACAAAUAUCCGUUAGUAUGAAGAGACGAUCUGCUUACUAUAUAUCUAGCUUAAUCCUCCCGAUCUGUUUCCUCUCUUUCCUCCAGUUAUUUGUUUUUCUAAUGCCGCCUGAAUCUGGGGAACGUGUUGGAUUUGCUGUCACCGUCCUGUUGGCUGUCGCUGUCUAUCUGACAUUAAUACAAGACAAAUUACCAGAAGCUUCAGAGCCCAGCGUGGCCUACCUUAGCUACAAACUCUUGAUAGACUUCAUCAUAGGAAUGUUCAUCGUGGUUGGAGUUAUAAUGGGAUUGCGUUUUCAUCACCGUGAGGAGGAAAAAGUUAUUCCUAGGGGUUUGCAACUGUUUCACAGAUUAAUGUUUCCCCAAACUUGCUGGAGCUCCCUAUUCGGGCGGAAGUGGAGCGUGGCGGACGAUAAGAAAGCAUCUGGGGAGGAUGUAAGCGUUAAUACCGAUAAUAGCACCAUGACGUGGAAGGACAUAGGAAAAGCUACCGAUCGCUUCUGUUUAAUUUUAUCUGGUCUUUCUUUUGUGCUAUGUAACUUUUUAUAUUUCAUUGUCGUUGCUACAUGA